GCUUUAUCAGCUGCUUUGUUUGUCCAUCUCUAAACACCACGUCAAUUUUUGUUUUGUACACAAUCAGAUCAAAAAAUUCAGCUUUGGCCCAGAUUUGGAAAUAUUUGAAAGAAUUAUUGCAUGCUAGUUUCACAUUAAAAUGGCGUACGUCGAUCAAAAUGGUCGCCUAUGGGAGAAACGUCCUUGGGACUUGAGACGGAUUUUGGCCAUAUUCGUGGGUAUAUGGUUCGCCGUCAAGCAGUUAUUUGCAUCGUUCCUGUCUCCAUUCACUGGAAAUGAUAACAGCGGAGACAACUCCCGUCGAGGAAGUGGAUGGGGAAGUAGCAGCUGGGGCGGAGGCGGAGGAGGAGGUGGCGGUGGCGGAGGCGGUGGAGGAGGAGGAGGAGGCGGUGGAUAUGGCGGCGGAGGCUUAAGGCCCAACCGACGAAUUGGGCGCAUACCGCCGCCCUCCCAAUCCUGCAGUGCUGGAGGAUGCUGCGGUUAAUCCAAUAGUUCGUGCGUUUUGGCCCCCAGAACUGCUUAACCAAAAUGCUCCAAUAUCUAAUCCAUCUCACUUCGUGAUGCGGCAAUUAAAGUAUAUGCUUGUGUUUCAAAUAUGUUAUAGCUCUAUUUUAGUUAUAUGGUUUUGGAUUAAUUGAGCAAAUUCAAAAUAUGCAUUCAUAAGUAUAUGUACACACACAGAUGUAUGUGCACAUUACAUAAUAAUAAACUUUGUAAUUUCCUAACGUA